UAUACCUGACAUGCCUUAUAAACUAUUUGUGUUCGGCAGUAACGGCGAAGGCCAACUCGGUAUAUCCAGCCAAGACAUCGUUCACAGUCCAGUUCUGGCGCCAUCUUGGCCAGCGGAGCACAACAUCGCAGCAGUGUGCAGUGGUGAUAACCACACGCUCUUCUAUACCUCAUCUGGGAAGAUAUACGGAGCUGGAGACAACAGCAAAGGUCAGCUUGGAAUUAUUCCAAACAAGUCUGCUGAGCGGAAAAGAGUUGAAGGCUUUGAGGAGCUUUACGGCAGCCUUCAUUUCUGUGCAGCUACCUGUGAGUCAUCUGCAUAUAUCACGAAUAUCAGCAUGUUCGGAGGCGUUCAAGAAGGCGUCCUAAGUGUAGAGGGCACAAGUCACUGGGGGGAACUGGGAACCCCAGAUGUCAAGAGCACAGAAGGGCAACCCAGAGAACAGUUCCAACAAACACUCCCCGAUGCAGCCAUAGAUCUUGCUGCAGGAGGGUGGCAUUAUAUCACGAUCUUAUCGAACGGAGAGGUGUGGGGAUGGGGCAAGUCACGUCUUGAUCAAUUAGGUUCCAAGCUAUCGUCUCAACAAAAAGUCGUUAGGCCAACACGUCUAGAUGAGGCGAUACCUUUCAAGCCUGUCAAAGUGAUUUGCGGUAAAGAGUUCACAUACCUCGCUUCCACACCCGCAGAAGGGAAACACUACCUACUCGGCCGUGAUAAAUCCGGUCUUCGCACCUCUAUGCCUUCACAUAUCAAGGACUGGAAGACUAUAGGCGCUACGUGGCAUGCCAUAUUUGUUCUCUUCGAAGACGGGAAUCUGGUCGCUUGGGGAAAAGAUAAUUUGUGGAAAUUAGUACCGGAGGGAUUGCCGUCUAUCGAACAAAUUGCGGUAGGAAGCGAGCAUAUACUUGCGCUUACAAAAGACGGGACAUUGAUCAGUUGGGGGUGGGGCAAGCACGGAAACUGUGGUGAUCUGACAAAAUUGGAAGCUGAAAUCAAGAACGAUAUGGUAUCGGGCCUCUGGAAUAACAUCAAUAUCCCAGGCAACAUAUCGUUUAUUGGAGCAGGUUUUUGCACAAGCUACGUCCUUGUGGAAACGGCAUAG